GAACAUCCUGCAGGCUGGUGCUGGCUGCAGUCAGUGCAGGAUCGAUCCAAAGCUUUUUCCUGGAGUCCAUGGAUGGCUGUGAACGGCAUCUGUGUCACCAAGUAACUCUGCCUGCUGGUCUUCAUGGGUUACCAAACCCUGAACUUGGCGAUUUCCCUCUGUGUGAAGUGUGGCGUUGUGCAUUUACCUUGUGAAACUGCAGGGACUCUGGGCAUUUGCCUGAAUUGCCAAAUGAAUGAAGAGCAACGGAAGAGCAACGGAUUUAUGUUGUCCUGGGCCGCUUUUCGCCGGCAGAAGGCUGAAUGCAACACCAGCAGUGCCGCUGCAUCGCUGUCGCCUGUCUUCAGGUGUUGGCCCCUCCUCAAGCUUCUUCCUGCUAGUGGGAUUGAGGCAAUCAUCUGGCUUUUUUAAUUGGAAGAUCUGGCUGUGUCCCAGGAGGAAACCCAGUUGGUCCGGUGCCAGGCACAUCAAGAGUGGUGUUCUUGAUGCAAGCUGUUCUUAAUUAUCCCCAUAAUAUAUUAAAUCUGAAUUUUUGAUCCCCCUUUUUCUUUUGUGUCCUGCUAGCUUACUUCUGCUGAAGAACGACUGCUCCAUUUCACUCUUUGGUUCGAGUGUGCCAACCAGAGCCUGCAGUGCUGCCUUUGCAGUUGACCAGGAGGUUAUUUGUAGAAAAGGAGGUAGAUGUUAAAGCAGGGCUUCAGUCGGUAUGAGAAGAUCCUCCCAGGAGUGCUCCAGUGGCGUGCUGCUGGCGGGGCUGUCCUGCAGUUGUAGCUCUCCACGUGAGCGAAGGCUUGCAGAACUGGACCCGCAGCUUUCCUGUGCCUCCAUGUGAUCUAUGUGAAAGGGUUCCCGUAGGCACGGUGGUAAUUUUUUGGUAGCACAUGAAGUAGUGUGAUCUGCUGCUUUCCAGUAGCUGCUCGUGCCCUGCACUCCCCAGCAGCUGGAGAACAGUGCUCUCCUCUCUCCCAAGCAUGCAGCAUUUGUGACCUCUUCUUGGUGAGAAGUGAUUGAUGAAAAAGGUGUUCACGGCGUCUUAGUGUUACUUGCUCCACACUGGAGAUGCAGGAGAAACGAGUAUUUAGAGUGUCCUUAAAAUGCCAUGGAUUAUGGCAUCAAAAUGCCAUGGGUACUCCCCAUCGGGAAGGUAAUGUCCCAGUUGUCCAGGAGAAAUUUUAAAAUGACAAGAGGCACUUGCGAUGGGAAGAUGAGGUGGUUGCUUCUGUUGCGCUGUUCCUUCAUGCUGUGAUGUGUUUACGGCGUUUCACUGUCCUUCCUGGUGCUGUUUGCUGAGCAAGCUCUCAUCAGGAGCUUUUCUCACCUUGCUGCUUGGAAAUGAUCAGACCAAUAGGUUUUAGUGUGGCACAUAAUUCUGAGCCUUUUGCAAAGAUCUUGAAGCAAAGUGAUAAGCAACCUAAGACAUCUCCCCUCCCCCUUUCUUUUCUUCCUUAAUCCACAGGUAUAACAUACAACCCUGGCAUGCUGUUCGUUUUAUUCGUGGGUUCCUUGUCAUAAAGAAAUGGUAGGAAGGAGUGGUGCAUACAAAUCACUCCUUUUUGCAAUUUUUUUUCCAUAAUCAGAUUGUUUUAUGUGUCUUACAUCUGACUUCUAAAAAGAAAGAGUGUGUCAGGCUUAGUCCACCAGUCGCGUGCUGCUGGCCGGGUUGUCUCCCUAGAUGAGCAGUCCCCAUGCCCUGUAUUUAUCUGGAAUAUUUCAGAACAUUUUAGCUGUCAUGAAAAAUAUUUGUGCCAAAGCAAGUGAGCCCAUUCUGACAACAAAUCUGUCUGGGGGUGUGUGCUCUCUUGGAGUCCUGAGGGAAAUGGAAAUGAGGGAGAGCAACCGGCAGCUUUUGCGUGAGAGGUGCUUACAGAGGAGCACAGCGCUGGGAGUGGAAGGAGCCACAGUCCAGCUCUCCUGCAUGUCCCAGGACCGGGGUGGCAGCUGGUGGCCGAGCAGGUGCCCCCCAAAGCAUCUCUCCCAGGAGCCCAUGUUUAAUAUUUCCUUCUUAAAACUGUAUGUAAAUCCUCCUGCAGUUCAUAGCCCUGUGUCUGAUCAGGUCUGGGAAUGCUGAUCUUCAAAACAGGGAGGCAUUUCUAACACUGCUGCUGACUCUAACACUGCUGUGAGUCGCUGCACACCUAAGAUUUGUCUUCAUUUGGCUGUGCUCUAUCACACUGUGUCCCCGGGGAGAUCCACCCAGGCUGCUACCCUGUCUGGCCCGUGCCAUCCCAAGUAUCUACUUCUUAGCUCUUUUCGUACCCACUGUUUGUAAGCAUCCUUCCUCUCUGCAGCAAAUGCCUGAAACCAAGUCCCCAUUAGGCUUUCCUUGCCCUCCUUCCCUUUCCUCUCCUUGUAUCGAAGGGGUGUGCGGAGACAGGUGGGAGUGUUGCUUUCGUACGGUAGUUAAUGCUGUGGAGUAGAGGUGGGUGAGAGUGGCUCUGUGGGAGAAGACAGCAGCAGGCGGCAAGCAGCUUCCCUCCUGAGCGAGCUCCCAGCACCCAAGUGCUCUGUAUUUGGGCCGUGCUCGGUUUACCAUCCGUGCUUGUGUCUCCUUUCAGGAAUGGAUAAUCAGACGGUGCUGGCUGUGCAGUCCUUACUGGAUGGUCAAGGAGGCGUGACGGAUCCAUCUGCUCAAAAUGUCAACUCCACCACCAUCCAGCCGAUGGAUGAUGAAGAUGUGUUCCUCUGUGGGAAGUGUAAGAAGCAGUUCAACUCACUGCCUGCCUUCAUGACCCACAAGAGAGAGCAGUGCCAGGGAAAUGCUCCUUCCCUCUCCACGGUCUCGCUGGCCAACAACAGUGUGUACACCCCCUCCAUCGCAUCAGUGCAGCAGGCUCCGAGCGCCAGCCGGCAGCAAAUUUCUACCUACAUCACUGUUCCCCCUUCACCUUUGAUCCAAACCCUGGUGCAGGGGAACAUCUUAGUCAGCGAUGAGGUGCUGAUGUCGGCCAUGUCUGCUUUUACAUCCUUGGACCAGCCCAUGCCGACAGUGCAGCCUGCGGCGCAGAGCAGCUUGAGUAUGCACGCUGGGGCUGGCUACCUCUCGCAGCUGCCUCCACCGCCUCCCCCCCCCAGCCUGGGGGCUCCGGGGCAGCCCAGCGCCGGUGGCAGCGGGGUGGUCGAAGUGUACAGUGCGCCUGCUCCUAUGGCAGCAAACAGCACAGUGGAGAUCCAGACGCUGGGGAUGCAGCCCUAUCCGCCCAUGGAGGUACCAAGCCAGUGUGUGGAAAGUCCUGUGUACCCUUCUCCUCCUGUGUACAGCCCUGGGAAGCAGGGGUUCAAGUCCAAGAGCACCAGCACUCCCACACCUUUGACCAGUGCAGGAGGUGGCGGUGUGGUUGGUUUUGAUUCCACCUCUGCUGCCAAAAGUCGGCGCUGCAAAAACGAGAGCACGCUGCAGGAAGGCAAACCCAAGUCCCCCAAGCUGAAAUGCACUUACUGUGACAAGGCCUUCACCAAGAACUUUGACCUGCAGCAGCACAUCAGAAGUCACACAGGCGAGAAGCCCUUCCAGUGCAUUGUGUGCGGCCGAGCCUUUGCCCAGAAGUCCAACGUGAAGAAGCACAUGCAAACGCAUAAAGUGUGGCCUCCAGGGCUGGGGUGCACGAUUUCCCGCAACUCCAUCACGGUGCAGGUCAUGGCCUUGAACCCCAACCAGCCAGAGGAUGAGGAGCACACAGGUUUGCCUCAGCCCUCAAGGGACCCUGCACAACUGCCCCAAGACAUGAGCCCCUUGGAUGAGAGCGAGGCAGGCAAACUGGAAGCCAAGCAGGUUGUCUUGAUCGAUAGCUCUUACCAGUGCCAGUUCUGCCCCAGCAAAUUCAACACCUAUUUCCAGCUCAAAUCGCACAUGACACAGCACAAGAACGAGCAGGUGUACAAGUGUGUGGUGAAGACCUGUGCUCAGACCUUCCAGAAGCUGGAGUCCUUCCUUGAACACAUCAAGAGCCACCAGGAGGAGCUGAGUUAUCGCUGCCAUCUCUGCAGCAAGGACUUCCCCUCCCUGUACGAGCUGGGCGUCCACCAGUACUCCCACAGCCUGCUGCCCCAGCACAGCCCCAAGAAGGACGUGGCCGUGUACAAAUGUGUGAAGUGUGUAAAUAAGUACUCCACCCCGGAAGCCCUGGAGCACCAUCUGCAGACAGCAACGCACAACUUUCCCUGCCCUCACUGCCAGAAGGUGUUCCCCUGCGAGAGAUACCUGCGCCGCCACAUCCCCACCCAUGGCGGGGGCAGCAAGUUCAAGUGCCAGAUCUGCAAGAAGUUCUUUCGCCGGGAGCACUACCUCAAGCUGCACGCCCACAUCCACUCGGGUGAAAAGCCCUUUAAAUGCUCAGUGUGUGACGCGGCCUUCAAUCGGAAAGACAAACUCAAGCGACAUAUGCUGAUCCACGAGCCUUUUAAGAAAUAUAAAUGUCCCUUCUCAAGCCACACGGGCUGCAAUAAAGAGUUCAACAGGCCUGACAAGCUGAAGGCUCACAUACUGUCCCAUUCGGGGAUGAAGAUCCACAAGUGCCAGUACUGUAACAAGUCCUUCAGCCGACGAGCCCACAUGAUAGAGCAUCAGCGCUCGCACACCGGUAACUACAAAUACCGCUGCCCCACCUGCAGCAAAGGCUUCACCCGCCACAAGUACAUGAAGGACCACAAGUGCCGGCUGGGCUCACCCAAGGACAAAGAGCUGCAGCUCAGGAAGCCCCAGAAGAAGCGAGUGGCGCGGGGGCGCAAGGUGGGCCUUGCCCUCCCCAACCAGCUGGGUCUGGCAGAGCUGAAGGAUGGUGCUGCUGGGGAAAGCCCCCCCGAAGGUGGCCCUAACAAAGAACCGUUCCAGGAGUCGGACGCAGUCCUGUCCAUUGUGGUUGGCAGGUCAGGAGCUGCUGACUCGGACCUUGUCGUUCCUGGGCAGCCCAACAGCAUCACAUCCAAUUUGGCCCUGGCAGAACUGCAGACUGCCUCGGACGGCCCCUGCACCAUGCUGGCUGUCCCUGUUUACAUCCAGACGACGGAGUGAUAACACAUAGAGCCACUGUGUGGCUGAGGGCUGCUGCUGGGGCUGUUGGACUUGGUGCUGAAAUUUAUCCCAGUGAAAAAGACCAAAGCUCUUGUGGGGACGUAGGUGGAUAUGGGAGAGAAUGGCUUUCAUCUCCACUUCUUCUUCCCAUCCUUGGGCAGAGGACUGCUUGGAAGCCACCGAUGGCUACAAGGCACUGAAGAGAAUGGCUCCGUUAUUUCUUGUCCCUCUGUGUCACUGGUCAGCCUAGGGCAAGAAGGACUAAGAUCCCUGAAUCAGGGUAAGAAGAAGGAGCAUGCAAACUUGCAACAAACAGAGCUGCUGAAAUCAGGUGGCUUUGCAAAUCACAGCGUGUCCCAUCUGUGGUUUUUCUGGCCUAAAAGCUGUAUUGCCCAGUAUUUGGGUGGCCUUUCCGAGAGCAAACAAUUGAUCCUUCCUAGUGGAAGCAAGUUCAUCCUGAGAUCCUUUGGGAACACUCUUCAGAAAUACCCUGAUAGACUUACUCUGGUAUCUUUCUCCUCUCUGUCUCUAGCAGUAGAAAGAUCACCUCAUCUGUACUACAUGUGUUAUAAACACCAUGGACCUCACGUGCUGUGUGGAGUUGGUGGGCGGGAGCGUUCCUGCGUGUCGGCUCUUCUCUCUGGCUGGUAUUCUCUCCACAGGAUUUGUUCUUUUCAUGGUUUUUCUCCAUAUCCAAGGAUCUCCAAGUGCCUUAGACAUCAAUGAGUCAAUCGUUACGACAGUUAAACAUGACACCUUCUGUGUGCAGCUGCAGAGACUAAGGUGAAGUGUCCAGGGUCAGACAGGAAACCCGUGAUGCAUCCAUGAGCCAGUUUUCUAGCACCAGCUCUGGACUAGGUGCUGCAGGGUACUUCUGUGCACUUCUCUGCCAGCUGCUUCCCAGCCUGCGCGUUCUCUUAGCUCAGUUCUAUGGGCCAGUUUUUAGUAGUUUCAGUGGAGAGUUGGUGUGGUUAGGUAGCAAGAAAGUCUGGUGUGACUGGGACCAUUUCUCUUGUCUGCUUGGCUUCUCCUCUCUGAUUUCCCAAGUAGGAGUCCCAAAGCCAGCACAGGAGCACCAAACCCAGGAACUGAAAAUUACCAUUGUGCAAUGCUGGUAAAGGAGGUUGCUCUGCUCUCCCAUGGUUUCUUCCUGCUUCAUGUGUAGGCCCGCCAAGCUGAGCUUUCCCUGGUAAAUUUGUGUGAUGAGCUGCUAAGCUGGCUGUAGAUGCAAAAUACUGCAUUUCCGUCCUGUUUCUCCGGGGGUGGUGCAGAGCAGAGCAUGGGUUCAGUCAGUCCUGGGUUCUGAAACUCUGGCUGUGGAGUCCCUGGCCUUGCCGCUGGGGAAGCAGUGGGUGUUUCUGGCUGCUGGAGCUGUCAGCCCAGCGUUACUGGUCUGACUGGCCUGACCCUGAUGCCUGUCUGCAACCUGCCUGAGCUCCAGCCCAUCGCUUUACCUCAAGGUGCUCUUCCUGUCUCCUUGCAGCGUAUUUUGCUCAAACCUUAAAAAAAGCAGCUUGCAGGGACAGCAUGCUGGUGCCGUGCCCAUCGUGGUGGCAUCUCCUCCUGGCAGCACGUGCUCUCAGGCUGCACCCUAUCUAAAGACAGGUUACCCUGUCACCGGGUUCCUAUCAGGAUGGGUCCUGCCACCAGUUCACGUUGCUUGCUCGCUUUCCUGACUCACUUUUUGCCCAUUUCACUUUUUUGCGAUGCUUCUGUACCUCCUGCUGUUGUCGGGUGUUAGGGAAUGGAGCACAGGGCUUGCAGAGGGAGACUGGGAGAAGGGGGGGUUGUUCAGGCUUUAGAAGAGGUUAAGGAGAGGUCUUGCUGCUGCCUACAGCUGCCUAACAGGCUGGGGUGGAGAAGGUGGAGCCAGACUCUUCAGAGGUGCACAGGGAUGGGACGAGAGGCCACAGGGACACGUAGGAACAUGGCAACUUCUGACUCAAUGCAAAGAAAAGAAAUUUCUGCCAAGAGGGUGGUUGAAGGAAAGAGGCUGCAGAGAGGCCACGAGAUCUUGGUACCUGGUGAUACUCCAAGUCUGACAGAGCAUCCUGCUCUGAGGGGACGUGCGUGGGAGGAGGUGGCUGGGCCGGAGACCUCCAGAUGGCCCUUCCUACUUAGGUGUUUCUGUGCUUCUGUGAAAUGUCUUGUCUGCUUUGAAGGAGAGUUUAUUUGCCCACAAUGUUUGUUUUAAAUACUUAGCUCUCACAGGAGGGGAACAGCACCAGGAAAUAGUUUGCUAAAUAUACUUUUCCUAUUUUCCUCCUCUGUGUCCGCACCAUAGGUGUCAUUAUGUGGUCUCUGGCGCUUGCUGUGGUGCUGCAGUCGGGUCUAUUUUGAGGGGAUGAUGUGUGGGUGCAGUGCUCCUCCAGCUCAGAGGCACCAUCUGGAGGCCCGGUCCUUCUGUCCUGGCCCCUGCUUUCCACCAGCCCUGCGCAUGGGCCAGCCGGUCUAAAUGAGAUGCUGGAAGCUGGCUUCCACUGCCUAUGCCAAGUGCACUUCAAGGAGCGGAAGCAGAGCCACAAAAACAGCCUCUUGUGUGACUGUGGGACACAGGGGCUAAAAGAUGCUGUGCUGUUUGCUUGAUAGGUGUUUGCACAUUGUGGUAGUGUUGAACAGAAAUAAGUUUUAUCAAGUUUUGUCUUGAGCAUAAUGAUUGUCCUCUGGGAGUAAAGCUCAGGGUGAUUAUGUGUAAGACAACGUAACAGAGGUCCCUGAUCAGAAGAGAGGCCAGGCUGGCUGGUUGUGCAGCUGGCUGGUUGUGCAGCCCUUGCCUGUGGGAGCUCUGCGGAUGUGAGUCCUACGCCUGUCUGAGGGAAGUGCAGCCCCAGCGGGACUGGCAGGGGAAAAGUUGGGCGACAGCCUGCGAGUGUGGUGGCCCCUGUGCCUGCUUCCCAGCUGGGCUGGCUGCACAGGAGCAGCAGCAGGUCCUGGCAGCUCCUGCAGAGCUGGAUAGGUGCUCCUGGAGCCUCACUGCCCUUUCUGUGCAAAGGAAAAAAAAUGCAGUUACAUAGAACUUCUGUACUUUGAGUGUGACC